CCUACUUUUAUACCUCCAGAUUUCUCACAAAACAGCAGUUCUUCUCUGAGCUCCUCAUCAGGCCAGCAGGUUGAGCAUCGCAUUUUAUUCACACACAUCUUAAAAGAAGAAAAAGGUAAUCAAAAUGCCAGCCAGCCUUUGUGGUACAUGGGACAUCAUCAGCAAUGUCAACUUGGAAGGCUACAUGAUUGCACUGGGUAUCAGCCCUUGCUUACGAAAGAUUGCUCUGAAGCUGAAGCUGAGAAAGGUGAUUGAGCAGAAGGGGGACCAGUACACCAUCAAAACCUCCAGCACCUUCCGAAACUACACCAUCCCCUUCAGAGUGGGACAGGAGUUUCCAGAGUUUACCAAGGGGCUGGACAACAGACAUGUCAAGUCACUGGUGACAUGGGAGGGAAACAAACUGGUGUGUGAACAGACUGGAGAGAAGAAGAACCGGGGUUGGGCUCACUGGAUUGAAGAGGACAAGCUACAUCUUGAGCUGUACUGUGAAGGAGAAGUCUGCAAGCAGAUUUUUAAGAAGAAAGUGAAUGAGUGAAGAGGAAUAAAAGUUCUAUUUCUGGAGAAGAUAAUCUGUGAUGAAAGACAUCUUGUGUUAAAUCCACCGCUCUAAACCCUUACUGACAAAACCACGCUUAAGGUUUGUGGUAUGUUCUCUGUAGUGACUCAGAUGUCCUUCCUGUCACGGUACGGAUUACCACCACAAGAUGGCAUCAGCGCAUUAGUUUUGUCAGAUACUGGUCUACACUGGUCUGCAGUGUAGUGGUGCUUGGGCUCAGACAAAAUAAAAUACUAAACAUCAAGCCCAUUUUUGUCUCCUUUCAACUGGCUGAAAAAGAAUGUGUCUAUGCAGUUUGGUGCAAACUUUUUGUUUAAAUAUCAUCAUCAUUAAAUAUCUAUUGUCUGAUAAUUCCAGAUACCACACCUUCUUUGCACUGGCUUGUGCUGUCCAUCUGACAUUUGGUUGAGCUAUUUUGAAAAAAAUAAAAAACCUCAUUCAUGGAAAUACAUGUAUACCCGAUGUACAACAGAAAGUGGGGUGUAGGGUGUUUGGAAGACUGUUUUGUGUGCAUUUUGUAUAAUAAAAUGGGUUCUGAAGUGGCA